GAAUGUUGACGGGACGUUCUGUGUCACUUGAUCGGGGGUUGAAGCCCAAGCCAUAGGAAGAAAAGCGAUGCAGUCGCAAGAAGAAGAAGACGCGCGCUUCGACGCCGCUGUCAAUGAUGACGGCCUUCAAUGGGAUGCCUGUGCCUCGCACAAGGACUGCGAGUCGUGUCUGAAUGCCAGUGUCGCGUGCCACUUUUGCAAGAGCGAUUUCCAGUGUCAUGCCAUCGGAUCCCCGUACGGCUGUCCUAUCGGCGUAUCUGUCUGCCACCACCUUGAAGGUCAACGAGUUUUAAAGGAAACCCCAGCUAUUAGCUGACGGAUCUCUGACAUCCACAUUUACUGCUUGCAUUGCAGAUUGCGAGCGGUCGGAACCGCAGUACGUGGGCUACGGGCCGCCACCGUCGGUGGUUAUUGCCGUCCUGUGUCUCAUGGUGACGCUGACCUGCUGCUUCUGCGGCAUCUCGGCCAUUUGCUCGGUCUUCUGUCGAGCCAAGAAACCGGCGUCACGACGCGUCAGACUUGCGGAGGCUCUAAAGACGGACAAGAAGAAGAAAGCGACGCUCAGAGACGAUGAGGAGCGUGCGCAGGCUCAGAGACAACCUUUGCUGCUUGGAGAGAUCCGAGAGGGAGAAGUUCGGCUGUUCGAGAACGAGGUAGACCAGGCGUCGCUUGAACGGCUGCAUACCCGCUACGAGCAGGACGAGCGGCAGUUCAAUUGGAAGGCUUUUGCGUCACGGGUGACGUGGUUGACGGUGGUCAUCUCAAUGACGGUGUUAGCACUUAUGUUCUAUCCACGUAUGCCUGACUACAACGUGUGCAACCGCGAGUUCGAAUGGGAGUCUAUUCUGCACAGUAUCAUGGGCUUGGAACCAAAGGUGGAGUACCAGGUACUGAUCAGUGUGAUCAAUGAAAACCGUUUUGGCUUCGUGCUGGAGUCUGGAACUGCUGAUAUCUACCACAACUCGACUCUGGUGGGCAAGUGGGAGCUCAGCAAGCCGUGGGAGGCAAAAGCUGGAUCGAUCAGUGAUAAGAUUGCGGCGAUCAACAUUAAACCUGGAUACGCAGAGGGCAUUGCUUUAUGGAAAGACUUCAGCAGGAAUGAGCUCAUCUUCCGAAUCAACGCUACGAUCACUGGAUCUAUCACGUGGGGGAGACAUAAGAUUUAUCGCAUUUCAUCCUCCACCCCGGACGUCGAGUUCCUUGUUGGAGCAGAAUACGAUCGCGGACUCUGCAAGUGCACUGAGUACCUGACACCAACUUAGGUUGUCCUGCACUUCCCGUCGACACAGGUGCUUCUUUUUUACUUAAGUACAUGUACCGGUGCAUUCACUCUACAGUAGACAUUUGCACAAAAUUGAUUCGUGUCAGAAUGCACGAAGAACUUCUUCAACAUCUAUAAGGACAGGACACACAUUGUGCAUAACUGCAGGGUAUCAAUAUUACAUGGUAAACUAGCUCAAAUGCAUCUUGUGCCAUUAGAAGCUUCCACUGGGCUGGUAGCUCACCAUGUCGCCUCCACGUGCCGUGAACACUUUCUGCA